AUGGCCUCCAAUUCGACCUGGCGCGCCCAAGCCGAAGCUAAACGCCAGUCUAUUCUGGAUGCUAUCCCUGAGAAAUGGCGACUGGCAACUCCCGUUCCUUCCGCUACGGAGGUGCGCGAUGUUACCGGAAGCUAUAUCCAGCAGUUCCUAAGCAAGCGCGAGAUUGAAAUCACAGAAUCCGAUGCGGUUGACAUCGCUGCACAGACAACUACCGGUCGCUGGUCUGCUGUUGAAGUUACAGAAGCGUUCUGUCACCGCGCUGCUCUCGCUCAUCAGCUAGUCAGUUGUUUGCAUGAGGUUUUCUUCGACGCAGCCAUUGAAGAUGCGAAAAAGCUCGAUGCGUACUUUGCAGAGCACAAGAAGGCCGUUGGUCCACUACACGGCCUCCCCGUUAGUCUGAAAGAUCAAUUCCAUAUCAAGGGCAUUGAUACUACUAUGGGGUAUGUCGGUUGGAUCGGCACCUUCCAAGGCGAAAAGGAAGACCCGCGCUUUGGGACAAAAGAAAGCGAGCUGGUGCGAGAGCUGCGCAAUCUCGGUGCUGUCCUUUAUUGCAAGACCAGUGUGCCGACUACGUUGAUGGCCGGUGAAACUGUGAACAAUAUCAUUGGCUAUACCUGGAAUCCGAAAAAUCGCCUCUUGUCCUCUGGCGGCAGUUCCGGCGGCGAAGGAGCAUUGAUGGCUUUGCGUGGGUCGCCUGCUGGAUUUGGGACUGAUAUUGGAGGAAGUAUCCGUAUCCCUGCUGGAUUCAACCAUCUCUAUGGACUGCGUCCGUCAUCUGGAAGAAUGCCCUAUGAGGGUGCUGCCAACUCGAUGGAUGGACAAAGUACUGUCUUGUCUGUUAUUGGGCCACUUGCGCCUACAGCUCGUUCUCUGACGUUGCUGUUCAAGGCUGUACUCAGUCAACAGCCAUGGUACCAUGAUCCACUUGUGCUCGAGCUGCCGUGGCGAGAUGCAAUCGUCGAGGAAACACGCUCUUUGAUUGAGCAGGCCAAGGCCGGCAACUCGACUCUUGCAUUCGCUAUCAUGCACUGGAAUGGCGUCGAUCGCGUUCACCCACCCAUUGCUCGUGGAUUGAAGCUUGUCGAACAGGCCUUACAGAAAAUGGGGCACCGAGUGAUUCCCUGGAAUCCACCAUCCCAUACUACCGCUGACCAGCUACUUUUUAAAACAUUCUUCAUGGACGGCGGCGUAGAUAUAAAACAUCACUUUGGUCUGUCGGGUGAGCCGAAAGCAUCACAGGUCCUCAUCGUCGAGGACGGCAUAGAGCUGUCUGUCAGCCAGCUGGCAGAGCUCAAUGUCGCCAAGCGCGAGUAUCAGAAGCAAUACUUGGACUACUGGAACAGCACAGCGGAACUCACAGGCACUGGCCGCCCUGUUGACGGAAUCUUCUGUCCAAUCGCUCCACAUGCUGCCAUAAUUCCCAAUCAGUUCGGCGCUGUGGGUUACACUGGCUUCGUCAAUGUACUGGAUUAUCCCAGCGUAUCUAUUCCAGUCACUUUUGCCGAUAAGACUAUCGAUGUUCGCCCAACAAACCCAUCUGCAGCUCUAGAGGAGCAUAUCGAGUGGAAUUAUGAUGCCGAUACCUACGAUGGCGCCCCGGUGGGAGUUCAAUUUGUGGGACGGAGGCUGCAAGAAGAGAAGAUCCUGACACUAACCGAGUAUCUCGGUGAGGAGAUUUCCAGGGCUGUUGGAGCGAAGUAA